AUGCUUGCCGACACGCUUCCUAGCGACAUCUGGAUCGUUGUCCUGUACCAUCUGUCCGUGGAGGACCUCGCCCAUCUUGCCCAGACCUCGCGAUAUUUUCAUGCAUUGGUUGGCGAAUAUGGCUGGACAGCGUACAGUAAGGCGAAUCCCCGCCAUACUUGGAGCCUAUCCAAGUCAUUGCCCCAUUGGAGUGCCUACGACCAAGUUCGCUUUAACACGAUAACGGACCACAACUGGUCGCUUCCCGGCUUCGUAGCCCGCCCCCUGGCGUCCAAGUGGUCCGGGAAGCUCCAACCCAUACUAUCGGUCAACAGCUCCCGCCUCUUCGUGGCCGCCGCCAACCACAUCUACUCCUACACCUUCGGGCGCUCAGCAGCCCCAGGCACGAACCCGAGCAUCCAGUUCGAGUGCGCGUACACGAGUAACAAGGUCCUGCAAGCCUCCCGCGACAUCACGAGUAUACGGUGCGUUCCCGACGGGGGGUACGACCGCACUGUAUACGUCGGAUACGCGGAUGGCUCGCUCGAGCGUGUUGUUCUGCCCGCGUGCAAGCCUGGACACGAAGGCCCGAUCCACCUAGAGCCGAGCUUCCGGGAGAAGAGGCCGUACCACGGAAACGACUCCAUCGAGAGCAUCUCGGCGUGCGGCGACCAGCUGCUGUCCUUGUCGGCGAACGGAGGCGCCGUCUUCUUCACCAACUCUGCCAACCCGUCGCCUCAGUUCCUAGAUUUGAGAGUCCGUAGCUGGGCCACGCACCUCUCGCAUCGACAUGCCGUCCUCGGCGCGUCCUCUCUUACACCGCUCCUGGUCCACACCAUCCACGAGUCACAUAUAUCCGACACCCCGUCGCAUAUCCUCACCAACUCCACGCACGACGACCACCCGCGCGCAUCUGCCGUUUACGGCAUCUGCGGGACGCCUCCGGACGCGCCCUGGGGCGGCUCCGAGCAGGUGAUCAUCUCCGGCUGGUACGACGGCGUCGUGAACGUGCACGACCUGCGCUCUUCACGACGCGCCCAUCGCAUCCCGGGGGUGAGCUCAUACCCCGCGGGCGGCGCGCUCUACCCGGUGAUGAGCAUGUGCGACCCGUGGCUGUUCGAGCCGGUGUACGACGUGUCCUCCGGCGGGGGCGGGGGCUGUCAUAUCGCCGCGGGUACCGCGCGGCAUAGCGUGGUGGCCUUUUGGGACGUGCGCGCGGCGAACAAGGGCUGGAGCGUGCACGCGCCGGGCAACGAUUCGUCCCCAGUGUAUUCGGUCAUCCUGGAGAGCUCGCGGCUGUUCGGGGCGACACAGUCGCGGCCGUUUGUGAUGGAUUUCGGGCCUGGCGCUCGAGAGGAGACGUAUCCGAAGCUCACAAGACCGCCGAAGGAGGACGGGUUGAAGAGGAGGGAUAGCAGCGGCGUUGGGUUCUAUGUUACUCGGUAUGGACAUUCGCGCGCCCAAUAG